UCUACAGAUUCGCUUUUCUUUUGCUUCGUUCAUGUUAUGUGUUUUCUUCUUGGGCCGAAUGGGCCAGGUUGCUGGGCUUGAAAUGUUGGUAUCAAGUUCUAAUCUCUCGUCUUUAUUGCUUGAUUUGCUUCUCACUAUUCAGCUAUGGCAUGUGAAAGAGCCUCCAUUGUUGUUAUUAAUCCAUAGGUUGAACUUGAACGGUGAAAUCAAUUCAUGUUUCAAUCCAAACAAGUUUGUGUCACUGCCUAGAUAAUGUACAAUUUCUUAAUAACCACAUGGCCUUUUUAGUUUCAAAUAAUUUGUUAUUUUAUUUUCCCCCUCUUUUUUUGUUAUCUACAGUGAACCCCAUGUAGUUCACAAUUCGGUGAAGAGGUGUGUCAUUUGUUGGUUUUGCCGUUUUGGUAUGUUCAGGAUUCUGAACCACCCAUGAGGCCAUGAUUGGGCUUCACAACUUUACUUGUUGCGUUCUUAGCUACUCAUAUUAAACUAGGCCGGGAAUUCAUGCAUGCAGAUUUGUAAAAUUAUAUGGUGUAAUUCGGAUUCAAGCCGUGAUGUAUCUGAAUUGAGGGGCUAGGAUACUAAUAAGUAACUGAUACAACAACCUUUUAUCAUGAAAAUUGCAGGCAGAGAUGGUUGCCUUCGGGAAAAGGUUGAAAGAAAGACAACUUGAAGAAUGGCAAGGAUAUUACAUAAAUUACAAACAAAUGAAGAAACGAGUAAAACAGUAUGCUCAACAAAUAGAACUCGGAACACUAGAUAGACGACAUGUACUAAAGGAUUUCUCAAGAAUGCUGGAUAAUCAGAUUGAGAAGAUUGUCCUUUUCCUUCUGGAACAGCAAGGAGUUUUGGCAAGCAGGAUCGCAAAGCUUGGAGAGGAGCAGGAUGCUGUUCAGCCCGAGCCUGAGUUACAAAAAAUAGCCAAACUACGCGAAGAUUAUAGAGCAGUGGGGCAAGAUUUAUUGAAGCUUUUCUCUUUUGUAGAGAUCAAUGCUAUUGGUCUGCGCAAGAUAUUGAAGAAGUUUGAUAAACGCUUUGGCUAUCGAUUCACCGAUUACUAUGUCAAAACUCGUGCUAAUCAUCCUUACUCUCAGCUGCAGCAAGUUUUCAAGCAUGUGGGAUUUGGAGCUGUUGUGGGAGCCUUAUCUCGCAAUCUCCAUGAUCUUCAAGACCGCCACGGCAGCUACUUAUCAAUUUAUGAUCAGCCUACUCUUCCCCUUCAGGAUCCUGUCAUUGAUUCAAUAAGAGCAGCCGUUGACAGGUUAACCAACUCAACUAACUUUCUUAACUUUCUGGGUCAACAUGCACUCAUUAUGCAAGAGGAGCUGCCUGCACAUACUGAUGAGCCUAUCGAUGAUCAAAAAUAUCAUUUUAUGUCUCUUAUUCUGAACUUGGCUAAUACAUUUUUGUAUAUGGUGAACACAUAUAUCAUCGUCCCAACGGCAGAUGAUUACUCUGAGAGUCUUGGGGCUGCACCAACAGUUUGCGGUAUUGUGAUUGGAGCAAUGGCUGUUGCGCAGGUGUUUUCUUCCGUGUAUUUCAGUGCGUGGUCAAAUAAGUCCUACUUCAGACCACUUAUAUUCAGUAGCAUCACCCUUUUUCUCGGAAAUGCCCUGUAUGCAUUGGCAUAUGACCUUAAUUCAAUAUGGAUCCUCUUACUUGGUCGUCUUUGCUGUGGGUUAGGUUCUGCCAGAGCCGUUAACAGACGUUACAUCAGUGACUGCGUGCCCUUAAAAAUUCGUUUGCAAGCAUCAGCAGGUUUUGUUAGUGCGAGUGCUCUUGGAAUGGCUUGUGGUCCUGCAUUGGCUGGGUUACUGCAAAUAAAUUUUAAGAUCUACAAGAUCACAUUCAACCAAGAUACCUUGCCCGGGUGGGUCAUGGCUGCUGGCUGGCUCAUGUAUCUAAUAUGGUUGUCGUUCAGUUUUAAGGAACCUUCUCAUGAUAUUGAAGAGAAUCAUAAACCACAUAAAUCCAAUGCUGCAGAAAGCAGUGAACUUGAAAAAGGCCAGAAACAACCAUUGCUGGUUAGUUCAGAAAACAAAGCAGAUGAAGAAGCUCCGGAGGAUUGUGAUGGUAGUGAAGAAGCUCCACAGGAAUCGCGUAAACCAGCAAAUUCAAUUGGAUCAGCAUAUAGACUCCUUACUCCUUCUGUAAAGGUUCAGCUAUUGAUAUAUUUCAUGCUCAAAUAUGCAAUGGAGAUUUUGCUAUCAGAAUCUAGUGUCAUCACAACAUACUAUUUCAGCUGGUCAACAAGCACAGUCGCCAUUUUUCUUGCGUGCCUCGGCCUGACAGUUCUUCCUGUAAACAUUGUUGUUGGAAACUAUAUAAGCAAUAUGUUUGAGGACAGGCAAAUCCUGUUGGCAUCAGAAAUUAUGGUUUUCAUAGGCAUAAUCUUUAGCUUCAACUUGUUUUUUCCAUAUUCUGAGCCACAAUACAUCUGUUCAGGCCUGCUGAUGUUUGUUUCUGCUGAAGUACUUGAAGGGGUUAACUUGUCACUCCUUUCAAGAGUGAUGUCAUCGAGACUUUCACGAGGAACCUACAAUGGAGGGCUCCUUUCAACGGAGGCCGGCACAAUCGCAAGAGUGAUAGCUGAUGCAACCAUCACACUGGCUGGCUACGUGGGUGUCAGCAGGCUCCUAAAUCUAACCCUUCUUCCUUCCCUCUUCAUUUGCAUAGCUUCCAUCUUAGCAACAUUCUACACUUAUAAUUCCUUAUAUUGAUUUUGCUGCCUGGAUCGAUGCCUUCCAAGGAGAGGAUUUGAUUUUUAACACAAUUCACCUCCUUGUCAUUCUUGAAUGUUUUCAUGCUUCUUUCUAAUUUCUUUUGAUCUAGCUACAAGGUCCUUUAAUUUGGGCUACACAAAUCUUAGAUGUUAUUCAUGUAGGUUGGCCAAUUGUAAAUUUUUAGCUGAA